AUGCGGCUGAUCGUCGAUGAUGUGCAUAUGGCAUCGGGACAUUUGCAAGAACACUUUCGGCAGGCCGGGAGUGCGCAAGAUUUUUACUUUCCCCAAAGAGAACCGAAAGCUGCAGCCACUUUGUCUCCGGGUCAUCCUCCUGCUUCUCUGGGCAUCUUCGGGCUGAGCCAUGAAGAGCUGCUGCAGUCGGAGUGGGUCGAGAACGAUACCCAUAGGCUCCAUAGUAGUUCCUUUUUGUGGUUUGUAUUCAGGACGACCGGGUGCCCUGUGUUCAGCAAGCAGCUGACGGGCCGCAUGCAGGAGCGCGUCUCGAAAGUCAUCGUGAUCGAGGAUUGCCAGGUGAUCGGUGUAGAGUCCCUUUUGGCUGCCAGUGACAAAUAUCAGAUCAAGAGGCUUCGGUUGUGGUGUCCAGCGAAGUUCUCCGAAGAAAUCAACGCUUCGCAGGUCUGUGACAUUCUCAGUUCCGACAUGCACGCGCUCUUGGAGGAAGGCAAUUGCAGCGACGUGCAGUUCAUGGUGCAGGAGGAGGUGAUCCACGUCAUCGUCAUCGAGGAUUGCGAAUUCGUCACCUUCAAGGCCUUCCUGCAGUUUCUGUACACGGACGAACUGUCUGACGCCCAGAACCUCUAUCCGCAGGGGACCUCAAACGAGUCCGACAGCGAGAGCGGCAGCCCUCAGCUGUCGAGGAUUCAAGCACUGUUGGCCGUGAGUCACAAGUAUCAAGUGAAACGGCUGCAGCCUUGGUGCGAGGUGCAGCUUUCAGAACAAGUCGAGCAAUCACAGGUUUGUGGCAUGCUGUGUCAAGCACAUCUUCUUCAGGCGAGACAGCUUGAGAAGGUGUGUCUCUCCUUCAUCAAAGAAUUUGCUGCUCUUGUGUCCCUUUCAAGCCAUCCAUCUUGUAUGGCUCGAAAAGGACACAAGAGCAGCAUAUCCAGCAAGCUACCGAGGAAGGCAGCGGUUCGCUGUGCUGAGAUACGAAGUACUGUUGAUGAUAUUGAUCCAGCACUAUUCCUUAUUAUGGGUAAUGCAUGUUUUAUAUCAUCAACCGUAUGA